CAACCCAACGCCCGCACCUAGGAAUACCUAUAUCUUCAGUUCUGUUUUUAAUCAAACUAACGCACCAAGACUUGUACUGCUUUAAAAUAAGGAUUCUACAAGGACAUCAAUCUCUCACAAUCAUAAUAUUGAAAUAUCCUAUACAGCAGCAAGAAGGAUGGAGAGAGCAGUAGCACUAGUAUUGAUCAUCGCAAUUCUUGCAGUAGAUUUUCCUCUGGAGACGGUGGCACAAUCGUCUUGCCAAGACGUGAUAGCAAGCCUGUCAGCGUGCUAUCGUUACAUAUACGAGAGCGACGCGACCCCUUCUCGUCAGUGCUGCAGUCGGCUUGAAAACGUGGUUGACACACAACCAGAAUGUCUGUGCCAGGUUGUGGAUGGAGAAGGCCUCAACAGGACUCGGGUUCUGGAUCUCCCCAGUGCUUGCAAUGUCCAAACUCCGCCCACUAGCGACUGUUACUUUCCACCACCAUCAGGAUAUUCCACCAAGAUUGUGAACUCUCUGCUGCUUUCUGUCCCAACAGCUGCAGCAUGUGCAGGAAUUCUCAUGAUCAUUUGAACUUUCUAACGUUAAAUUCUAAGUUAGGAGUGUUGAUUGAGAUAGAUUUUAUUUUCAUGAUUGUAAUAAAAAAUUUCUCAGAACUUACUUCUUGUUUAUGAAUAAUAAUGAGUGCUGUGAUCAACCCUGAUUCUUUGUACACAAAUUUAAU